GGGAAUUGUAAAUGUUACAAUCAUUACAUUAUAAAUAAAAGCACUUAUAAUUUACUUAUUGAAAAGACGAGUUCAAUUUUAAACUAAAAUUAAGCUAAAAUCAAGUCAACAUGGUUAAAAAAACUCACCAAUUAAGGUGUUAUUUUGCAAAAAUCCAAGCUCUUAACGAAGAGGACAAGAGUAAUCCCAAGGUAAUUUGUCAGAUCAAAGUGCCCGCAGGGACAGGACCAAUUUGUGGAAAGGUUCUGUCCACACCUAACUCAAAUACUAGCUCCAUGAGAACUCAUAUUAGGUCUUUACAUCCGGAACAGGCCAAAUUCAGGAGGGCCUUUGGUGUGUUGACCAUAUACUAAACCUUGUGGUGACUGAGUGUCUCGGCAUCCCUGAAGUAAAGAAUGCUGUUGAUGCAUUCAAGAAAUUGUCAUCCAGAACUCACAAAAGCAGCAUUGCUCAACAGAGGAUUAAGAAAGAUUGUGCCAGGAUAAACAAUCAAUCUAAGGAUGAUACAAACAUUGAAACUGUUUUCUAUUUUCAGAUUGUUGCCAUCAUUGGUCCACUCACCAAGAUUGAAGAGAUGUCUUUAUUCUUUUCUUCUGACCAAAAACCAACCAUCUGCUAUGUGGUGUCAAAACUUUUUAAUAUCGAUGGUUAUCUAAAUUCUCAACUCAACAAACCAACAAUCAGCGAGGAGACCAAAGUGUGCUGCAAAACCCUACAGUCAAAUUUGGAAAAGAGAUUCCCGGCUUGUGGGACCAAAAACAAGCUCUAUGCUUAUGGAGCAUUUCUCCACCCAUUUUACAAAGGACUCACACUUGCCCAACAUGAAAGUUCAAAUUACAGGGAAAUGAUUGAGCUGAUGAUAAAGGAGAAUGAAGUUGAGCUAGUACAUGACUUGAAUCACGGAAUUUUUGAGGAAGUUGAUGAGGAAGACUACAGCAUUGAAGCUAAGAUUAGAGCUAAAAUGAGGUCUUCUCAGUCAAGCCAGCAUACCCGGUCACUGUUUUGAGGCAGCCAUUAGCCCCAUGCAGUUGGAAAACAGGUACCUCAACUUAACAAAUCCUCCUCCAGCCGAUGUUGAUGUACUACAAUGGUGGAGAAGGCAUCAUCGGGAGUAUCCUCUUAUUGCCAAGUGUACCAGAAAAUACCUUUGUGUUCAGACAUCGUCAGCGAGCUCUGAGCGAGUGUUCUCAUCAGGAGGUGCAAUUGUGACCUGCCAAAGGACAAAGCUUGAUGUUGAAAAUCUCCACAUGCUAGUUUACUGUAAGGAAAACUUGCCAAAGGUUAAAAUCUCCGCAAAGUUUCUCGAAGAUGAAGCAGAGGAGAAUGCUGAAGAGGAACUUCUUCAGGACAAAACAACUGAAGUCUUGAUAGAAGGUUCAGCCAAAAUUCAUUUUAGUAAGGGAGGGGGUAAAGGAAAUAAAAAAAAGUUGGAUGUUAGUCUUCAAAGUCAAUCGAAGGCUGGGUCUACUUCAACCAGCCAAUCAACAGUAUUUUCAAGCAUAAGAGUUGGAACCUCUUCAAGAAACAGAGAUGAAAAUCCAUCAACUAUUAGCAUAUAA